AUGGGCGAAUCCCUUCCAGAAGAAGCGCCUUUCCCGCUGACUGAUGUUGAUAAAUGGGUUCUUUCACAAACGGACGAAGAAUUUCACAAGCAUGACUGGCAGGAGCUAAAGGAAAUUAUUGUCUUGAAGCGCAAGCCUUCUGACCUUCGUCGAUACAUGGCUUGGACUGCCGAAACAAAAGCAGAGUAUGGCUCCAUGACAAACUACUUGCUCGCCAACCGCCUACCCAAGGAAUGGGGCAACCCGCCUUUCACCCCUGCGUCUUCUGUUCCGUUUGAAGACCCUUCAGACUACCGUGUCCUGAUUAAUGACUGGCCCUAUGGCUUGGAUCCUGAGAUUCGGCAUAUUGUCGUAUGGUUGCGCACAACUAUUCCAACAGAUCCCGAGACUGGCGAUAUGACGCCCGAGAGCAGAGCGCUGGUUCAGUUUUUUGUAAAAAAAACUUUCAUUGAUGCUCUUGGCCCAGACGGAGAGGAUCGAGUGCUGUGGUUCAAAAAUUGGGUAGCCCUUCAGAGCGUGCGCGCUCUGGAGCACAUUCAUGUUUUGGUCCGUAAUGCAGACGUCGAUACCCUGGAGCGAUGGACAGGAGAGCGUCCGAAGCAAAUCACUUAG